GCGGUGGAUGUGGUAGCCUCCUCGCAGAAGACGAACAGAGGCCUGGUGAAGUUCAACUUCAUCGGAUCGCCAUCAGAAAGGACUUUCCGAAAUCGCCGCUAUGUAACCUACGAGUACGAGUCGAGCAUCUGCCCGGGAAUCGUUACGCAAGGUGUUUCUGGAGCUUCCUGCACUGA